AUGCCUUUCAACACGGCGCUUACCCGGAAACUGGGAAUUGCAGUCCCCGUUGUCCAGGGUGGAAUGCAAUGGGUCGGAUACGCCGAGCUCGCAGCUGCAGUUAGUAACGCUGGCGGUCUGGGAAUUCUAACAGCCCUCACCCAACCAACCCCGGAAGACCUGCGCAAAGAAAUCCGCAGAACCCGCAAACUGACCUCCAAACCCUUCGGCGUAAACAUAACCCUCCUCCCCGCUUUGGUUCCCCCCGACUACGCCGCCUACGCGCGCGUCGUGAUCGAAGAAGGCGUCAAGAUCGUCGAAACAGCCGGCAACAGUCCCGGUCCCGUAAUCGAACAACUCAAGAAAGCCGGAACAAUCAUCCUACACAAAUGCACAACCAUCCGACACGCCAAGGCCGCCGAAAAGCUUGGUGUAGAUUUCCUGUCCAUUGACGGCUUCGAGUGUGCGGGUCAUGUGGGCGAGCACGACAUUACGAAUUUCAUCCUGCUGAGUCGUGCGCGUCAACAGCUCAAGAUUCCGUUCAUCGCUUCCGGCGGGUUUGCAGAUGGUCAAGGUCUGGCUGCCGCUCUAUCUCUGGGCGCGGAAGGUAUCAAUAUGGGCACGCGGUUCAUGUGUACCGUCGAGGCGCCGAUUCACAAUAAUAUCAAAGAAGCGAUCGUGAAAGCGCAGGAAACCGAUACGGCGCUCGUGUUGCGUCGAUGGAAGAAUACGACGAGACUGUUCAAGAACAAAGUAUCUCUGGAAGCGAUCAAGAUUGAGAAGGAGUCCACGACCGGCGAGUUUGCCGAGGUUGCGCCAUUUGUGAGUGGGCAGCGCGGUAGGCAGGUUUUUAUUAAUGGUGAUCCGGACUUUGGUGUAUGGACGGCGGGACAAGUCAUCGGUCUGAUCCACGAUAUUCCGACAUGUCAAGUACUACUUGCGCGUAUUGAGAAGGAGGCUGCCGAGUCCCUGAAGCGGACUCAGGCUUUCUAUACUGGAGAUUCUCUGCAGAGCAAGUUGUAG